GAUGUUAGUAUAGAGCAUAUAUAAACAUACAUAUACAUAUAUUCAUCUUUCUUCUGCAAUUCAGAAAAAAAAAAAAACUCAUCCAUGGCAAGUGUCAACUCAGCUGCUGCAACUAUCAGAAGGCUUGAGGGGAAGGUGGCGAUUAUCACUGGUGCUGCCAGCGGCAUAGGUGAGGCCAUUGCAAGACUCUUCUCACAGCAUGGAGCUCAUGUGGUGAUAGCUGAUAUUCAAGACGAUGUGGGACUUUCUCUCUGCAAUGACUUGGAAUCCGCUAUAUAUGUUCAUUGUGAUGUCACAAAUGAAGAAGACGUUCAAAACUGCGUGAACAUGGCAGUUUCCAAGUACGGGAAGCUCGACAUCAUGCUCAAUAACGCCGGCAUAACCGGGGCGAACAAAGCAAGCAUAUUGGACAACACGAAGUCCGAAUUUGAAGCAGUGAUCAACGUUAACCUGGUCGGUGUUUUUCUCGGAACAAAGCACGCUGCAAGGGUUAUGAUUCCUGCGCGAAGAGGAAGCAUAGUGAAUACUGCUAGUGUUUGCGGAAGCAUAGGUGGCGUGGCCUCACACGCGUACACAGCUUCGAAACACGGUGUGGUGGGAUUGACGAGAAACAGUGCGGUGGAGCUUGGAGCAUUCGGUGUUAGGGUGAACUGCGUGUCACCUUACGUGGUUGCCACGCCCUUGGCUAAGAACUUUUUUAAGCUUGACGACAAGGGGGUUCACGGGAUCUACGCAAACCUAAAAGAUGCUGUUCUUGAGCCGAACGAUGUGGCUCAAGCUGCUCUGUAUUUAGCCAGUGAUGAGUCCAAGUAUGUUAGUGGUCACAAUCUUGUGGUUGAUGGAGCCUUCACUGUCGUCAACAGUGGCUUUUGUGUCUUCGGACAAUCUUCAUGAAAAUUUGUUUGUCUGCCUUUCGAUGUGACUUGUUUUUUUCUUUUUUUGGAAUAAUCGAACACGAGCUGUUGUUAGUGUUUUCGUUAGGUUUGCACUUUCUUGCUUCUGCACCUUCAUAGGACUCAAAUGCUUUGUUUUGUUCUUCUUUGUUUGAGAACUUGUUCUAAUUUUAUGGGUUAAACUAAUCAUGCAGUUAGUGGCUCAA